UAGUUGUCAAGUAUUAGCAAACGUAAGACAUAAACAAUAAUCAGCUGUCAAUUGAACUGCUUUUGAGAUAACGGAUGACUGACUGACUAUUAGAUGACUUACCAUACAUUUGAUAACACAUUUUCAAAAACAAUUGAGUGAUACAUAAGUAUUGAUAAUGUCUUUGUCACGACAAUCACCUAUUAUUAUAUAUAAAGAUGUAUUGAUUCCAAUGUUAGAGGAAAAUGGUUUCAAAUUGAUUUCUUCAUCGGAGAACAAAUGCGACCAAAAUCGGUAUAUAACUCGACACCGAUUCCUCAGACAGACACCACUUCGACCAAAAUAUUGGGAACAAAAUGUUUUGCCAGAAGUGGAGGUCGUGGGGAUACCAAUGAGCUGUCACUUUCUUAUAGUACACGCCAUUGUCUGCCAAUCAAGUGAUGAUAACGUGAAGAUGAAGAUUAAGAUGAAUGACUCUAUGGAUGGCAUUCGUAAUAGAGUUAUGAAUGAAUUUAUUGUCAAAUUAAUUGAAUUGCUGUCCAUUUCAAUCAACGACUUACCAUUCGAGUUGAAGCUCAAGAUAUUGACUUUACUUCCAAUUGAAUCGCUAUUCAAAAUGGCUUUAGUGUCGACAUUAUGGCGGGCCGUCACUCUUGAUGACCAAUUGUGGAGAGUAUUAGUUAGACAACACUUUUUCCAUUUGUAUGACAGAGGACUUAAUGGCGAGUCGUGGAAAUGCUUAUAUAAAGAGGCUUUUCGUAAUCAAAAACUGUCGGAACGGCGCAAAUCAUGGGCCACAAGAGGUUUACCAUCAUCUAUGAUAUUGCCAGCACUACCGCCUUCACCACCAAGAUUACCAAUAAUGGGUCCGCCAUUUGUACCAAUGCUUCCGCCGCCUCCUUCAUUCUUUAGAGAUCUGGUGCCCGAAGAGAUUCGCAAUGUUUUUCCAAAUAUACCCCGAAAUGGGAGUCGAAACGGACACUCAUUUGCUUUCGAUACAAUUAGUUGACACAAUACACUAAAUCCCGGGUCGG